AAAUAUAAACAAACUCAUCCUGCGGCGUUUCUGAUUGGUGCAUGCAUUUUUGUCAACGUAAUCAAAAAUAAAACAAGCAAACAUAGUCAGCUCUCUCACUGACUGGGGCCCUAAUAAGAAAAUUUUGUUUCUUUUUUGCGUUCGUUUUGUUUGUUUCGAUAAGCAGCAGAGAAAAGUGAAUCGCUUCUUCGCCAUUGUGGGUUAGAUAAGUUAUCAGCAGGAAGUGCGUUCCUCAAAUGGAUGCAACUGGGGGAUUUAUGAUUUAGAAUCUCAAUGUUGCUUCUCAGCGCAAGCUACGUGUGAAACGCUUAACUUGGCUCUCAUCGAUUCAACGGAACAACGGAUAAGGGAACGAGAUGGCACCGAAAGCAACGAGCAACAACCUGAAGUAUCUCAGUCUGAUUACCCUGACACUGCAGAAUGCAAUUCUUGGACUUAGCAUGCGCUACGCUCGGACCCGAUCGGGUGAUAUGUUUCUAAGCUCAACGGCAGUGGUGAUGGCCGAGGUUGUCAAACUCAUAACCAGCCUGGUGCUGGUGUUCAUGGAGGAGGGCAAAAACUGUUUACGCCUCAAAGCCACGCUGCACAACACCAUCGUGAAGCAACCGAUGGACACGCUCAAAAUCUGUGUCCCGUCGUUCCUGUACAUCCUGCAGAACAAUUUACUGUACGUGUCCGCAUCCCAUCUGGAUGCGGCCACCUAUCAGGUCACAUAUCAGCUGAAAAUACUGACAACGGCCGUAUUUGCAGUGAUCAUACUGCGCAAGAAACUACUCCCGACUCAGUGGGCCGCACUGGUGGCGCUGGUUAUUGGCGUAGCAAGCGUGCAAUUGGCGCAGACUGAUUCCAGUGGGACUGCCGCUUCGCGACAGCAACAAAUGCCCGGUGUGGAUUCCGACCAAAACCGGUUGCUUGGUUUCAGUGCUGCUCUCGGGGCUUGCUUUCUGUCCGGGUUUGCUGGAAUCUAUUUUGAGAAGAUGCUCAAGGGAGCCGACAUAUCGAUCUGGAUGCGAAACAUCCAGCUGAGCCUGCUGAGUCUGCCCUUCGGUAUGCUCACUUGUUUCGUAAAUGACGGCGCCAAACUUUCGUCGAAUGGAUUCUUCUUUGGCUACGAUGGCUUCAUCUGGUACUUGAUCCUGCUGCAGGCAGGCGGAGGCCUGAUUGUGGCCGUCGUUGUGAAAUAUGCGGACAAUAUCCUGAAGGGUUUCGCCACCUCGUUGGCAAUCAUCAUUUCCUGCGUGGCGUCGAUGUAUCUGUUUGAUUUCAACCUAACGCUUCAGUUCACCGUCGGGGCGUCACUGGUCAUCGGAUCGAUCUUCCUGUAUGGUUACGAUCCGUCGCAAUCGACCAAGCACAAAAUCAUCAAGCUUAAUCCGGACGACCAGGAACGACUGCUCGCGGAAAGGGUUUGAACCGAGUGAGUAUUAUUCUAGAUUAUAAUUUUUACGAAUCGAAAUGGAAACACAACCUAGUGCGGUAAGUUCUGUACGUUACUUAGUUUUGAGCAAUCUUCAACGAUCCUAAAAUAUUGCAAUAAAAAAAAUCAAAUAUUUUCGA